AUGUACGCGGGUGAUGAUCAUAACGACCAUGGCCUUCCGGCGUGGAGUGAGGUUCGAUGGAACCUCCUAGCCCGGCCAUUCAAGGAGGAGCGGUUCACUCGGGUAUGGUUCAUCCUGGAAGUAGCCUUAUCCCAAGUUGACCCUGUCAUUAUCCGCGGACGUCAACAAUAUGGAUGGGAUCGUUUUGCGUGGGAUCCAAAAUGUCGAUUUGAUCUCCACAUCCAUAAAGUUCCAUACCUGCCUGCCGACGACAAAAUCUACGGCCUUACGGGCCUGGCGGCCGAGGCCCGGGAUCCGCAAAGUAUACCACCCGAGCUGCGGGUCGAUUACAGCCUGACAGUUGCCCAGGUGUAUAAAAGUCAGCCCCAUUUUUACUCCGAAAAUCAAAGACACUUUCCGUGUGUUACUCGCGCGAACGGCGUGGAAGGAGAUAUUGACCGCGCUCGGUGGAUGCGAAAUUUCAAGGGACUCCCUUCUUGGGUACCAAACGAGGGCGACUCCAACAACAUUGGCAGAGAAUCUUGUCACUCUAAUAUUACAAGCCCUGUGAGACUGGGUUUUACUGAGAAUUUUGAUGUCGCGGGUUGGGUGUCUCCUGUGGUCGCUAAGCAGACAGAUGCAUCAGUCCUCUAG